UAUCACCACUCACUACUCAUCUCUUCACUGCUUCUCCAUUAUUUUCAUCACUUCACAAAAACAACCCCAUGGAAACCAGAAAACUCCCCGCCAAAAAUAAAAAUGGAGUUGCUGUUUCUUUUAGGUUCCAUCAUCUGGAAUACUGUCAUCUCUUUGGCUCUCUCUCUCCUCCUCCCCUUCCGCCUCCUUCUCCGUUGGCUGUUACCCUCCGACGACGACGGCGGCCUCACUCUUUACGAAGGAGUUGUUUGGCACGAACGCCGCCGCCCUGUCCACCACUCCUUCCAGUAUAAUGUUCGGUAUGCGCUCAUUGAUCUCGAUUGCUCUCCUCUUUCCUCAUCGUCUUCCAACCAUUUCUCAGCUGAUGAGGCUCGGCAGAUUGCUGAGACUUCUGGACCUGUUUCUCUCUUGACAAUACCGCCUAGCGUGGGAUAUGAACAAAAUCCAUUGAGUUUAUACUACUGCUAUGAGCUAGAAGACUCUACUGCCAGUUUGAAGAAGUGUAUUGCUGAGGUAACCAAUACACCAUGGGGAGAAAGAGUUACAUUUGUUUUCGAUCCAAGCUCUGACGUGGUGGCUAAAGCACUACAUGUUAGUCCUUUCAUGGACAUGCAAGGGAGUUGGAAAAUGAAGGCAACAGCACCCGGAAGAGAUCUGUCAGUUGUUAUUUCAGUUCAGCAUCCGGAUCUUGGUGAACAUUUCUGCGCUGUAUUAAGAGCGCAGAGAGUGAGUUCCUCAAAUGCUCCAGAUCAAAUGUUCUUCUUCUGGUUGAUGCCGCACAAAGUUGCAGUUUGGAUAUAUUGGCAUGCUCUUAAGCUUUGGUGGAAAAGCGUUUCAUUCGUUCAACAUCCUAGGUAUAGUUAUCCAGCAUAUAGAGAGGAAGCUGUAUCACUGGACAAAAAGUUAAAUUGCUGUAAAGCAGGGGUUUAUGGAACAAGUGGUGUGUGUCUAAGGGAGGACAAGGAUGUAGUAGGUCAUCAGUUUAGUUGGACCGACGCAAAAUGGCCUUGGUCAUGACUGCUACAAGAUGGUGGGUAGACGAAGCAACUAUCCUCAAACCUCUCUAGCUGUGAAACUUUGUGCUACGGCCGAAAAGAAUCUAGACCCUCACAGAGUCACGGGCAUUCGUCAGACACCACUGAACAACAUUUCAAACAUAUGCUCCUUCAAAAAAUUUAUGACACAUGUAUAGAGGUAUGACAGUAUGAGCAUAGUCAUGUUUAUUAUAUUUACUCUGUUUCGCUAAAAUUGCAACACUUGCAAUUUGCACAAUACUUUUGGCAAGAGCAGAUAAAUAUGAUUGAAGUAAAUGAGUUAAAUUGUAAAAGUUACCAAAGAGGUAAGUGUUGCAAUUAUUUUGAAACAUCUGAAAUAGCAAGCUUUCAAUUAUUUUGAAACAUCCCAAAUAGCAAGUGUUGCAAUUUUUGUGAAAUGGAGGGAGUAUAAUUCACCUACUCUUUCAUGAAUCAAAUCAAAAUUUCAUGCAAAACCGAUGAAGAUCCAGAUUUUCUUCAUGGGGCACGGGACAAAUUUGGAACAUCAGUAUGGAAGAUGAGUUUUGCCGGGAGGUCGUAUUUGGAUGGGGUAUUGAGUCUUAUGAUUUAUGUUCUUUCUUUUAUUUGUUUCACUCUCGAAAACUAUCAUUGUUUCUGGGCUAUGGUAAUCAUGUAGUAUUCCAUGUGUUCUUUCUUUUCAUGUACAUCUCUUUUAUUUGUUUCACUCUCGAAAACCAUCAUUGUUUAUGGGCUAUGGUAAUCAUGUAGUAUUCUAUGUGUUGCCCCGUAUGGAGGAUGGAUUAUUCACUGAAUUUAAGCCUUAAGCAGCAGUUUAUCAUCUAAAUAGAGACUGAAGUAACAUUCUUUUGGA